AUGUCCGAUGCGCGGCAGAAGAACGUUGUGGUUAGCAAGCCCAUUCUAUAUGGGUCGGUGGCCACGUACCUUGGGCGUAAGGCUGAGGAGACCAAGACGCACCGCUGGUCCAUCUAUCUGCGUGGCGUGGACAACGAGGACUUGUCUUACAUGAUCAGCAAGGUCGUAAUAAGCUUGCACGUGAGCUUCGCCAAUCCCGUUAGAGAGCCACCGUACGAGGUGACGGAGCUGGGCUGGGGCGAGUUCGAGACGCGCAUCCAGAUCUACUUCCACGAUCCAAACGAGCGGCCGAUCAGUAUCAUUCAUUUGCUGGUGUUGUAUCCGCCCAACAGCCAGCCUGCCAGCACCAAGAAGCCCGUUGUAAGCGAAUUCUACGACGAACUCGUGUUCAAUGAGCCGACCGAGUUUUUCUACAAGAAGCUGAUGGCUGGGCCAGACCGACAGUCGCCACCGCUGACGAUGCAGGACCAUCUUCCGACCUAUUCAGAUGUGGAGGUGCUCAAGACGCUGGCGCGCGCCGAGAACUUUGUGCAGAAGGAGGUGCAGGACACUAAAAAUUUGCUAUUGAGCGCCGAUGUGGAGAUCAAGGAGCUUAAGGAACGCAUCGCAGAGCACACCAAGAAGAAAAAGCAGGCCGAUAAAUUAGCUGCUACGCACACAACUAUUUGUCUGCAACCGCAUUUCGGUGUUACCGGCAAGCGAUCGUUAGCAGCCACGUGGGAUGCGCUGGAGCGGUUGUCCGACAACUUAUCGAGUCCUGUGGCAUUGUGGGUCCGCUGGAAAGUUUCAGCUGUCUCCGCAGCCGCCGCAUUGGAGAGCGUGGACGACGUAGGCAGCUCUGUACUGUAUCCACAAACGAACAAAACCUCACGACGAGAUGUACUAUACUCCAGUGGAGUCUCCACUGGAAUCAGCGGUACUAUCGGAUGCCACUCAGUGCUAAACACCACGAUGAUUCGGGUGCGUCACGAGAGUUCUCCGACUAAUAAUGGUGCACCAAGCAAAUUGCUGAACAACUGCUACCGUGGAUGCUAA